UGAUCAACGCAGGCAGCGUCGGCCUAGUCACGGGUGGAAGCGGGACGGGCGGACACUGAGCGGCUUCAUCACCCUCCUCCUCCUCCACCUUCCCCGUCGACUGUAGGCGGCCCCCCGCCCCUUGACCCCGCCAUGCCGAGCCGCCGGCCGCCCCCCCGGUGGUGAUGAUGAUGAUGAUGGUGGCGGCCUGAGAGAUGCCGAGAGGCGGCCCGCAGCGCAGCCCAGCCCAGCGCCGCCGCUUCCCUCCCCUCGCCGCCUCGACAGCACCGCCGGCUCAGGAGGCUCGGCCACGGCCUGAGGAUGGUUUACUUAACUGGAACCAUGCUGACAGUCCAUCCACUGGAGAAUCUGAAGGUGUACAUCAGCAGCCGUCCUCCCCUGGUGGUGUUUAUGAUUAGUGUCAGUGCCAUGGCCAUAGCUUUCCUGACAUUGGGAUACUUCUUUAAAAUAAAACAGAUCAAGUCUCCAGAAAUGACCGAGGACUGGAACACAUUUUUGUUGAAGUUUAAUGAUCUGGACUUGUGUAUAUCUGAGAAUGAAACAUUAAAGCACCUCAUUAAUGAAACCACCACCCCGGAGAGCACUGUAACAAGUGGGCAAAUGCGAAGCUCCACUCAAUCCCCACAACUUCGGGAAGAUCCUGGACCAAUAAACAUUUCUGUUACAAUAACGCUCACACUGGAUCCUUUAAAACCCUUUGGUGGCUACUCACGCAAUAUUACACAUCUUAGCACAACGAUCUUUGGACAUCAAAUCGGAUUGUCAGGACGAGAAGCACAUGAAGAAAUGAAUAUUACAUUUACCUUACCAACUUCCUGGAAUGCAGAUGAAUGUAUUCUCCACAGUCACUGUGAGCAGAUGGUUUACACCACUUGUAUGACCGUCACUGCAGCAACUAAUGUUUUCCCUGUCACUGUCCAACCUCCACAUUGCAUUCCUGAAACUUACAGUAAUGCCACCGUCUGGUACAAGAUCUUCACCACAGCGAGAGAUGCAAAUACAAAAUACUCGCAAGAAUACAAUCCAUUUUGGUGUUACAAAGGAGCAAUCGGGAAAGUUUAUCAUGCACUCAAUCCUAAACUAACGGUCAUCGUGCCAGAUGAUGACCGUUCACUCAUUAAUUUACAUUUGAUGCAUACCAGUUAUUUUCUGUUUGUAAUGGUAAUUACAAUAUUCUGCUAUGCUGUCAUCAAAGGGCGACCAGGGAAAGUGCGGCAAAACAAUAGUGAAUUCUGUCCAGAAAAGGUAACUUCUUCUUUUUCUGUGACUCGGACUGAUUUAAAGAAAAAUUGUACUCUGAUCGUGAUGCCUAUUAAAUACAGACACUAAUGCAGUACAUAAUUGUUGCACUAUCAGAAGCAUGAAACAGCUUCAUUUUUGAAAAUGGACAGGUUGUAGCAUUUGCACGUUAAGCCCAAGAGAAUGGGUAUUGACGCUUUGAAUGCAGUAUCCUGCAAAGUUGGUUCAUUCCAACCAAAGACGUUUUAAGUGCCUGUACUUACUUUGUACAUAUUUGUAAGGAUAUAUCCAAAAGAAAUCCAUCAAUGCACUUCCGCCACAAGCUAACUGCAGUUUUAUUUUACAACAAAAUAAAUCAAAAGUUUGUCUGCUGCCAGACCAUGUGGGUGUAUAGAAAUGAGGUUCAUGUAGAUUAACCACGCAAUCAGAAGCAAAAUUUUUUUUUCUGUUAAAAUUUACUAAACCCUUUUGAGGCUUUGAUUUGCAAGAAUACUUUCACUAAGGUUUUAUCAAAUAUGUAAAUAAUAUGUUGGAAAUAUGUGGUGUAGUGGUAAAUACUGCAUUUCUGACACCAAUGGUCUGUUGAGUAUUUGGAGUUGACGUGUAUAUGUGGUUCAGCACAAUUAUCUCUUGUUAAUGCUUGACAGAAAAGUCAUCAUCUUUUGGAAAUUUGAAGAUUGAUGUAUAAUAUAAAUGCAUUUUGGUACUGCUUGAGCUUGCAGGAAAGGGAUACAGAAUAUGGUGUGUAUUUUACAAUACUGCUGUCCAACAAAAUUGCUUGCUUAGAAUUGCCCAGCACUGGCUGUGGACUAUGUAUGGCUUGCAAGUGUGCGUGCAGUUUUGUUUCCGACCAUCAUCUAGUCAAAAUGUAUCGCAUGUAUAGUACUGUCAGCAAAAUGAUCCACAAAAUUGCCUUAAUUACCUUUUUCUAUUGGCCUUUAUGUCUUCUUGUCUGUAAAUGUUGCAAAAUCAUUAAUGUCCCCCUCCAGUACACAACUUUUUUUUUUUUUAAUUCACAUUGCUUAAAUGGAGGUUAUUGAUUUAUUUGAAGCAAGAUGUUCCAAAUAAUAGUCACAAAAUAUAUGGCUUCAGCCCCAGGAAUAAAAUAACCUAUGCGAUCCCAGUAGCACCUGAACUUGGCACACAUUAAAUAUCGGUAACAGAUUUCUAAAAUUGGUUUUGCAGAUUCUCAGUCUUUUAAACUACCGAGUUUCUAAAAAAAUAAUUGCUGUCUUGAACAGAACACAAUGUAAUCUGGUAAGUCGCAGGUGAAAUGUGAAUAAACAGCACCGACUUGGCUUGGUUAUUGGCUUGGUUUCAUAUAGUUCCUUCCUGCCAUUCAUUAAGUUUUGAAAUGAGCCCAUGUUACUUGAUGCACUGAACCUGACCCAAGUGGAUUGUUUGUUCAGCCAUUGAUAACUCUAUGGAUCCAGAUAUGAGUGAGAAAGUUUUUCAUUUAAAACGUGUGAACAAGUCUGUGUCAUUGUGCACUUUUUGGACAUUAUUUUAUUCUCCAAGCAAGUUUCUAUGAAUCUCUAUUUCAGACUUACUGAUGUUUGGCUUAGUUUGGAAAAUCAUUUUUUUUUGUCAGACAAUUUUUUUAGAUGGGUGUACGUUUGGUUGUGUUAGUGUGUAAGUAUGCAGGGAUCAAAUAGUUAAUCACCUGAGGUUACCUUGUAGAAAGGAACAAAAUAUCCUGGGAAUGCAUGCAAAAUAUGCAGGCAUAAAUUAGUGAAUUUAAAAUACAUUUUAGUCCACCAGCCUUGACUGAUGCUUCAGGUUGGCAUGAUAGAUACUCCAUGUCGUACAUGUGGCACAUCUUACUUUGGAGGUGACUUACUUUGUUUUUUGAUGCCUUCUGAUUCAAAUUUAGGGAUGUGCUGAUUAAGAGCUAUUGCUUAAACUAAGAUUGAUUGCCUAUGUAAGUGUAAUUUUUUUAACAGUCGCUAUGUGGCCUCAAAUCUCAGUUCAUUGGCAAAGUGCCUGAGCACUAGUUAGGAUACCCUGUAGUUUGUUUAGGAAGGAAAAGCUUUGUGACGUGUAUUAUUUGUUGCAUGAAUGUAAUCAUAGCACAUUUAUUUUAUGACAAUCUUUCUCAUUUCUGGAAUUACUGUGCUUUUGGUAAGAUUUGCAUUUGCUUUUGCUGAAUAAAAGAAUCCAAUAAUUA